CGGUCAUCGAGAUGAGAUGUCCGUUUUUAACACAGAAGAUUUAAAAAUUGAAAUUAAUACAAUUAUUGAGGAUCCUAAAACACCAAUGGAAGGUGCGAAUGAAUCAUCACAAGAUUCAUCAAGCAAAAGCAUUUUAAAGUCACCAAGUAUUUCAUUCAAAGAAAGUGAUUUUAAGAAAGAAUUUUUAGAUGUAAGUCAGUCAAAAAAUUACACUCCACAAUCAAGUUUUAUAGCUAGACCUCAUACUCUUGAAGAUUUUGUACAAAGAGAAGAGAUAAGUGGUGCCUGUGACUUGAAAUCUACUUUUACUCUUGAUGAUUUAACUGAAGAUGAAGACAUUUGGAUUAUAGAUAUUCCUAGAACUAUUGAUCCUCUACAGUUAAAAGAUCAAGUAUUACAAUUAGGACAUGAAACAAAGUUUAAAAUAGGGGAAGAUCGAUACUGUGCUAUUAACAAUGAAAGUAAAUUUAGUCUCACAUGUGUUUUUAGUAAAAAACAUAAGACAAAGAAAUAUAAAGCAGUUAAUAUCAAAACUGCUGGUGCAAUGAGCAUACGAAGAAAACUUUCAGGGAUUUCAAAAAAAAAAUUGGAAUAUGAAAAAACAGAAGCAGUGCCUUAUCCAAAAAAUAUUAAAAUCAGACAUCCUUUUUUUGGUGUUCAAGUUAAUUCUUCAACAGUAAAAACUAAAAGGCAUUGUUGAUAGUAUAGUUAUAACUUCUGAUUUUCUGAUUUUCUUAAUAUGUAAAUAUUUACCGUAAUUUAUAUACAUAGAGCUAAAUGUAAAUUAAACACCAAAAAAAAACUUUUCUUACUGUUUUAAGUAAGAAAAUAAAGAACGUCCUAAUAAUUAUCUUUUAUCUUGAAAUUUUAUAAAUAUAA